AUGACGACUAGCUUGGCAGUGACUGACGACAAGACUUCCGUCGCGGAGGUUGAGAUUGCAAAGCAUGAACCCGCUCCUGUUCGCUCUACAGUAGCUCAUUAUGAGCCGGUUACCGAGGAAGAGAAGGCAUUGGAUAAAAGAGUCAACUUGAAGUUCGAUCUCUGCGUUAUUGUCUUUCUCUCUUUGGGCUUCAUUCUUUUAGGCAUUGACAAGACAAACGUCGGAUUUGUCGCGACCAGCACAUUUGUCAAAGAUGCCCACCUGAAGCCUAACGAUAUUCCGAAUUCUUUGUCCUUGUUCUCUGCCACAUAUGUUCCUCUCCAGCCUAUAUCAAGCAUAAUCGGUCGCCGAGUGGGAGCAAAAUGGUGGAUUACAGCUUUGAUGACUGCCUUUGGAAGCAUCUGUAUCGCACACAUGGCAGUUAGAAGCUCCUCGACCUUCUAUGCUCUACGUUUAAUUCUCGGAGUUGCGGAAUCCGGUUUUACACCAACUGCUUAUUAUUAUAUGUCGACAUUUUACCCGAAAUUCUCGCUGGGAUUCCGUAUGGGUAUGUUCUCGGGCAUGUACGCAGUGGCGGGCGCAUUUGCUGGCCUUCUCGCAUACGGCCUCCUUCACCUGGAGACAUCGUCCCUUCGAGGAUGGCAGAUGCUGUUCCUUGUGGAAGGUAUCAUAACGGUCGUUGUGGCUUUGGUUGCUGCUGUUAUAAUGCCGGCAGACAUUUCUAAAGCUUGGUUCCUGACGGAAGUGGAGAGAGCGCACGCGUUGCGUCGAAUGGAGAGGGAUUCCCAGACGACCUCUGAUUCCGGAAUUAGGGAUGGUGUUGACAGUGAUGGUGACCUAUAUACCGCGAAGGAUGACCAAAAGAUCACUAUGCGAGACAUCAAGGACGUGUUCAUGGAUUGGAAGAAGUUGCUGAUUAUUGUGUUCAAUAUUCUCAGUGUGCUGCCUGUCACGGCCUUUACCACUUUCCUACCCCUUGUUGUUCAGGGCAUGGGUUACAGCGGUAUUCAAGCAACGCUUAUGUCCGUUCCACCUUUUGUUGUGGGAACCGCUGGCUUGCUGGCUAUCGUCUAUUCAUCAGACCAUUUCAAGGAGCGCAGCCUUCAUACUUGCUUUGGAAUGGCACUUGGUCUGAUUGGAUGCCUGGUUAUGGCGACUUCGUCAAAUCCGCGACUGAGAUAUGGCUUUGCUCAUGUUUGCCUUUCUGGAGUAUUCGCCGGGGGCCCUCUGAUCGCAGUAUGGUUGGCAGGUAACACGCCACAGAAGGGACCGAGAGCGAUAAUUCUUGGCCUCAAUGGCUGGUCUAACAUUGCCGGUGUGAUCGCUGGACAACUAUUCAAGCACUCCUACGCGCCUUCGUAUCGCUACCCCCUAAUCGUCACAAUGAUCUUGAUUGCUGUUGGCAUUGUCGGAUUCUGUAGCGUACGAGGACUCUAUAUGUUGGAAAACAGGCGUAGACGCAAGGAAAUCGCUACUUGGGACCAAGCCCGAUUUGCGAUGGAAGAGUCAAGCACAACAAGAAGAGGCGAUCAACGUCACACGUGGAUCUAUAGCUAUUAG